UCAAAGGCGUCACGGUCGGGUCACUGAAGCAUUGCCACCUCUCUCUCCCUCUCUCUCUCUCUUGCCCACACUGCAAGAGGUUCUUCUAGGGUUUUCCAGGAGCAGAUUUACAUCUGUGUUCAGAAGACAGUUGGAUCGUGAGCACAAAUUCCGUUGCUGGCAUUGGUUCUGUGCGGAGCUAGAAGUAGAGGAAGGAGAAGGGUAGGAGCUGAGGGAAAUGGGAUUCUCGAUGCAGCCGUAUGGGAUUCAAUCCAUGCUCAAGGAGGGGCACAAGCACCUCUCAGGCCUCGAUGAGGCUGUUGUCAAGAACAUCGAUGCUUGCAAGCAGCUCUCGACUAUCACUCGCACUUCUCUCGGUCCCAAUGGUAUGAACAAGAUGGUCAUAAAUCACUUGGACAAGCUCUUCGUCACAAAUGAUGCUGCCACUAUUGUGAACGAACUUGAGGUCCAGCAUCCUGCAGCCAAGAUUUUAGUUUUGGCUGGGAAGGCUCAGCAGGAGGAGAUUGGUGAUGGUGCUAACCUGACAAUCUCUUUUGCCGGGGAGCUUCUUCAAAAUGCGGAGGAGCUCAUACGGAUGGGCUUGCACCCCAGUGAGAUUAUCAGCGGUUACAAUAAAGGAAUAAACAAGACGAUUGAGCUUUUAGAAGAUUUGGUCGAGAAAGGCUCUGAAAAUAUGGACGUUCGGAAUAAGGAGGAAGUUAUCACACGGAUGAAAGCUGCUGUUGCCAGCAAGCAGUUUGGACAAGAAGAUAUUCUGUGUCCUCUUGUUGCAGAUGCAUGCAUCCAAGUCUGCCCUAAGAACCCGGCAAACUUUAAUGUGGAUAAUGUCCGUGUUGCUAAACUCUUGGGAGGAGGUCUCUACAAUAGCACGGUGGUUCGAGGUAUGGUAUUGAAGAAUGCUGCUGUCGGUAGCAUACAGAGAAUAGAGAAGGCAAAGGUUGCCGUAUUUGCUGGAGGUGUUGAUACCUCUGCUACUGAGACUAAAGGAACUGUCCUCAUACACAGUGCUGAUCAGCUGGAAAACUAUGCUAAAACUGAAGAAGCUAAAGUUGAGGAGCUCAUAAGAGGAGUUGUGGAGUCAGGUGCCAAGGUUAUUGUUAGUGGGGCUGCUGUUGGAGAGAUGGCAUUGCAUUUCUGUGAGCGUUACAAGCUUAUGGUCUUGAAAAUUAGCUCAAAGUUUGAAUUGCGCCGAUUUUGCCGUACUACUGGAGCUGUUGCAAUGUUGAAGCUUUGCCAUCCCAACCCAGAUGAUUUGGGAUAUGUAGACUCUGUUUCUGUUGAGGAAAUUGGUGGUGUUAGGGUCACUGUAGUGAAAAAUGAGGAAGGUGGAAACUCUGUAUCCACUGUGGUCUUAAGGGGAAGUACUGACAGCAUAUUAGAUGAUCUUGAAAGAGCAGUUGAUGAUGGAGUGAAUACUUACAAGGCCAUGUGCAAGGAUAGUCGUAUGGUUCCUGGAGGGGCAGCUACUGAGAUUGAGUUGGCUAGAAAAGUGAAGGAAUUCGGACUCAAGGAAACUGGGUUGGAUCAGUAUGCUAUUGCAAAAUUUGCUGAGUCCUUCGAGAUGGUGCCGAAGACUUUAGCUGAGAAUGCUGGGCUAAAUGCUAUGGAAAUCAUAUCCUCUUUGUAUGCUGAACAUGCAAAUGGAAAUUAUAAAGUGGGCAUCGAUUUGGAGGAAGGUGUCUGGAAAGACGUCUCAGCUCUGAAUAUCUGGGAUCUUUACAUCACCAAGUUCUUUGCCCUCAAAUUUGCUGCUGACGCUGCAUGCACUGUUCUGAGGGUUGACCAGAUUAUAAUGGCAAAGCCGGCUGGUGGCCCAAGAAGAGAACAGCCUGCUGGAAAUGAUGAAGAUUAGGCAUGUGCCCGAAAACCCAAGUCUUAUGAUCCCUCACCAUCUAUCGAUCUCAAAUGGUAUUGUCAACUUUAGAGACUUACUCCUGUGAUCGGAUUUGGCUGCCUCCUUCAUUUUUUCCUUAAGAGCAAGUGCCAAAAUCUCCGUGAAUUUUGAUAGUAUCCAGAAGAAUUAGCUGAAGAGUUUGCAUUUUGUAUAUGUAACACUACAAAUGUGGGAAUGUGUUUGAGAUUGUCGCUGAGCUGAUUUUUAGUUUUGCUAUGGGUUUGAGCUUUUGAUGCGAUCCAGAUUUCCCUCUCUUUCUGUAUUUUAGCGAAUUGUUGCUGCCA